GUUAUUGCCAUUUCAUUGUUUUCUGAUUGUUUUUAUGGUUCUGUGUUCCUUUCUUAUUUUCUUGCUCUCUUCCCUUGUUAUGUUGAUGGCUUUCUGUAGUGUUAUGUUUGGAUUUCCUUUUAUUUCUUCGACAUAUCUUGUAGAUUUUUGUUUUGUGUUUACCAUGUACUUCAUAUAUACCAAGUAUGUCAUCAAUUAUGCAUCCAUGCAAUGGAGCACAAAGCAGCUUGAAAAUGAUGUAGAUUUGUUUUUACCAACAUGGAAAAGUUUCCAUCAUAUAGUUUAUGUGUGAAAAUCAGGUUGAAGAAUGUUUACUAAGCAUGCAACAGUUUCAUAAAGCACAUGUGACUAUAUCCAUAUAUACCUCUUGAUUAAUGAAGACACUAUUAGUGUAUAUACCAGUGAGGUGAAAAGUGGUUAUCUGAGUGGUGAUUUUAUUUUUCUUCGUACAGUUUAAAAUAUUUACAAGUUUCUGCAUUGUAAUUCCUAUUGUUUUUAUCAUCAGAGUGGGAACAGUGAAGUUCUUUUUAGGUGAGGAGGUGGAGGGAAGUUGAGGAUGGGAAUGGAGGCAGUGUUUUUAGACGCCUCAGAUCUGUAGUCCUCUGUAGCCCUUGUCAGGUGGCCUGCUGACCAGCAGAACCCAGUGUUGCCUCUGCUGGGUGCAAUGUGGAGGGGUGAUACCUGGGACCUGAAGGGCCUAUGGCAUGUGGGAUCCCCUUCUGACUGUGCUCUGGCUGCCACUCUCAUGGCAUCAUGAAGUUUUAUGCCAAGAUCGCCUGCAAGAACUUUAUAGAACUCUUUGUCCAUGCCAUAGGUUCAAAGUUGGCAAAAGUCUUUGUGCUUCACGUGAGGUGGGGAGACUUCUCCCGCCGGUUUCCCAUGGAAGGUGUUUCAGAAGAGUUAAACGAGAUUUAUUUAGAGCUGGUACCUGAGCAUUUGUUCAUAGCAGUGAGAAGCAUAGGGAAUGCUUUUGCCCUGAAGCUCCAGCCAACCAACAGGCUUUUGUCCCAGCCUCAUGGUGGCUGUGGAGCUGCCAUUGCCCACAGGUUGGAUCUGCCUGUGAGGGUGCUUUCCAGAAGGGUUUGGGAAGAUUUCCCAGAGCUUAGAGAUCAAGCCUGUGAUGUUUCAUUUAUCUGCCAAUUUUGAAGACUGAAGAGCAUUGUAGAAAGGAUGGCAAACGUGGGUGAUCAAGUGCUUGUUGAAGCAAAUCUAAAUGGCAGAAUGCACUCAAGUGUAGAAACUGAUAUAGUGUCUAUAAAAGGCUAUUUUAACGAUCUUGGAAAUUCUCCAACGCCUGCUAAGGGUAUGCCUCAAAAUAGAAAUCUGGAGAGCAUGGUGCACGUGCGGGUGAAUAAUAGGAAGCUUCUGCAGUUUUUUGAGGGACAAAUAAAUCCUGCAAUGGCCUUAUGCAAUAUUUUGAGCAAUAUUCUUCAUCUUCAUAUGUCACUCUUCAGUAUUUAUUUCUUGCCUCAUAAAAUUUCAACCAGCCUGUAUAUUUUUUUAAAGCUUAUGGUGCCUGGCCAGGUGUGGCUCAGCGGUUGGGCGUCGUCUGUGUUGCUAUCAUCUGCUUUUUGGCAAACUCGAGAAGCUCGUCCUGGGCAGUGUUUCAGCCUUCCACUCUUCAGGGGGUCUGCUAGCCAGAAGUUCCUCCUGCGUGAGACUUCCCAGUUCCAGCAGUGGCUGGGGAAGCCACCUCCUCUUGGACAGGGUCCUUCUUGGCCACUUGCCCACUGCAGCCCCAUAGUUCGCAGCCCAGAAGCCCAGCAGCUCAGCCCCACUGCCUCCACAACUCCUGCUGCCACUCCUCAUUUGUUUUUAUCGUUCUAUUAG